CUACUCUAUCUCACUGACAUUAGCUGACUUUUCAUCUUUCAAAGCUUAAUUUGACUCAAAGCAAAGAUAGAGGCAACACAGAAUUAAUUCAAGUGAAGUCUCGCGGUGUUUAGACACAUUUCAGACAUCUUGCAUUUUUCAGUCUGAAAGAACAAAUGUAUAAAAUACCGUUGACUUCAUCGGGCCAAGCGAACCCGAAAUAACAGGGCCUUUAUUGUUGAUAUUCGUGACUUAUUUGUAUUUCGAGCGAAUGCAUGUGAGGUUAUAGGUGGCUGAACCGAGAGCUCGCGUGCCAAACCACUGAGUGGAUUGUCUCUCCCGGGGCUCUCGAGCCGUAUUGUGCGUCAUUUUCAUAGCUGCAUUUUGUUUUUCUAUCGAGGCAACAUGGCAACUCCCGCCGCGGUAAAUCCAUCGGGCUGGAUUUAGGCUACAUUGAAAACAACAGAAAAGCCACCAUGGAAUGUUCUUCUGGAGGUUCAGAGAUGGGCAGUGAGUUGCCGGGGCCAGUUACUAUGCCGGGGGCGGUGGUGGGGGCGGGCCAAGUGAGGAUGGGCGGAGCCAUGCCGGGCCGCGGGGGCAAGAGGAGAUCCGGAGGGUGAGUACUAUUUUAUAUCUGCAUUUUACCCACAAGGCUAUUCCACUGGUGUUCCAGGAGUAUUACACCACUAUAUAAAGAGUAUUCCAUGUUUAUCCCAGGACCAAAUAUCAAUAGAAUUGCUUCAUUAUUCCAAUGAGCAGAAUUUCAGGCAUGGAUAACAAAAGCACAGAGCAAGCACACAGCCAAUAUUCCAAUGUUGAAUUUCAACAAGCUUUAUUAGCAGGACAGAGUAACACGCCAGAGAUAUACAAUGUAUGAUAGUUUGACAUAGUGCCACCGAAAAAAGCAAACAGUAAUCUCAUAUAGCUGCAUGUAUGAUUAAAAAAAACACUCUCAGGUCGAAGACAGAGGGAACAGAAGAUUACGGGAGUAUUCCACGGUACGUUAACCCCCGGGGCGAAAUCAGGACAUAUUUACCCCAUGCCCUGGCAUUCUGCCUAUACAACAUACAGUGCAUUUGGAAAGUAUUCAGACCCCUUUACCUUUUCCACAUUUUGUUACAUUACAGCCUUAUUCUAAAAUUGAUUAAAUCGUGUUUUUCCACCUCAUCAAUCUACACACAAUACCCCAUAAUGACAAAGCAAGUUGUCUUGGCUGUGUUCUUAGGGUCGUUGUCCUGUUGGAAGGUGAAACUUUGCCCUAGUCUGAGGUCCUGAGUGCACUUUGUUCCGUUCAUCUUUCCCUCGAUGCUGACUAAUAUCCCAGUCCCUGCCGCUGAAAAACAUCCCUACAGCAUGAUGCUGCCACCACCAUGCUUCACCGUAGGGAUGGUGCCAGGUUUCCUCUAGACGUGAUACUUAAGGCCAAAGAGUUCAAUCUUGAGUUCAUCAGACCAGAGAAUCUUGUUUCUCAUGAUUUGAGAGUCUAGCGGGCUAUCAGGUGCCUUUUACUGAGGAGUGGCUACCGUCUGGCCAUUCUGCCAUAAAGGCCUGAUUGGUGGAGUGCUGCAGAGAUGGUUGUCCUUCUGGAAGGUUCUGCCAUCUCCACAGAGGGUUCUUGGUCACCUCCCUGAACCAAGGCCCUUCUCCCCAGAUUGCUCAGUUUAGCCGGGCGGCCAGCUCUAGGAAGAGUCUUGGUGGUUCCAAACGUCUUCCAUUUAAGAAAGAUGGAGGCCACUGUGUUCUUGGGGACCUUCAAUGCUGCAGAAUUAUUUUGUACCCUUCCCCAGAUCGGUGCCUCCACACAAUCCUGUCUCGAAAGCUCUACGGACAAUUCCUUCGAACUCAUGGCUUGUUUUUUUCUCUGACAUGCGCUGUCAACUGUGGGAGACAGGUCUGUGCCUUUCCAAAUCAUGUCCAAUCAAUUGAAUUUACCAAUCAAGUUGUAGAAACAUCUCAAAGAUGAUCAAUGGAAAACACAUGUGCCUGAGCUCACUUUUAUGUCUCAUAGCAAAGGGUCUGAAUGCUUAUGUAUAUAAGGUAUUUCUGUUUUCUAUUUUUUAUACAUUUUGUCAUUAUGUGGUAUUAUGUGUAGAUUGUUAGUAGAUUUACAUCAAUUUUAGAGUAAGGCAGUAAUGUAACAAAAUGUGGAAAAAGUCAAGGGGUCUGAAUACUUUCCGAAUGCACUGUAUCCAUUAUACAUCUAGCCUACACAAACAUGAAGAAAUUAAAGCAAAAGCCAUCCGGGCAAUAUGGCAACUCGACAUGACACGGAACACAACAGGGACCUGUCUAGGGCAUCUUUUAUUUACUCCUUACAUGAAUGUCUGUGGAUAGAGAAACUGGAGACAUGUCAUUUCCAGUAGGAGCCUGACUAAGACGGUCAACAACACAGAGUAAUGAUCCUCAAUUUUCACUGAGAUAGGCCUGUGCUCGGUGGAAGCAUGCAGUAUGUAUACUGCAUUACCUCUACUAUCACGCAUAACCAUGCAUACUGCAUUACCUCUACUAUCAUGCAUAACCAUGCAUACUGCAUUACCUCUCGUAUCAGGCAUAACCAUGCAUACUGCAUUACCUCUACUAUCCCACAUAACCAUGCAUACUGCAUUACCUCUACUAUCACGCAUAACCAUGCAUACUGCAUUACCUCUACUAUCCCACAUAACCAUGCAUACUGCAUUACCUCUACUAUCAUGCAUAACCAUGCAUACUGCAUUACUUCUACUAUCAUGCAUAACCAUGCAUACUGCAUUACCUCUACUAUCACACAUAACCAUGCAUACUGCAUUACCUCUACUAUCAUGCAUAACCAUGCAUACUGCAUUACUUCUCGUAUCAGGCAUAACCGUGCAUACUGCAUUACUUCUACUAUCAGGCAUAACCAUGCAUACUGCAUUACCUCUCGUAUCAGGCAUAACCAUGCAUGGUGCAUUACCUUUACUAUCACGCAUAACCAUGCAUACUGCAUUACUUCUACUAUCAGGCAUAACCAUGCAUACUGCAUUACCUCUCGUAUCAGGCAUAACCAUGCAUGGUGCAUUACCUUUACUAUCACGCAUAACCAUGCAUACUGAAUUACCUCUACUAUCCCACAUAACCAUGCAUGCUACAUUACAUCUACUAUCAUGCAUAACCAUGCAUACUGCAUUACUUUUACUAUCACGCAUAACCAUGCAUACUGCAUUACCUCUACUAUCAUGCAUAACCAUGCAUACUGCAUUACUUCUCGUACCAGGCAUAACCGUGCAUACUGCAUUACUUCUACUAUCAGGCAUAACCAUGCAUACUGCAUUACCUCUCGUAUCAGGCAUAACCAUGCAUGGUGCAUUACCUUUACUAUCACGCAUAACCAUGCAUACUGCAUUACCUCUCGUAUCAGGCAUAACCAUGCAUACUGCAUUACCUCUCGUAUCAGGCAUAACCAUGCAUGGUGCAUUACCUUUACUAUCACGCAUAACCAUGCAUACUGCAUUACCUCUACUAUCCCACAUAACCAUGCAUGCUACAUUACAUCUACUAUCAUGCAUAACCAUGCAUACUGCAUUACCUUUACUAUCGCGCAUAACCAUGCAUGCUGCAUUACAUCUACUAUCACACAUAACCGUGCAUACUGCAUUACCUCUACUAUCACACAUAACCAUGCAUACUGCAUUAACUCUCGUAUCAGGCAUAACCGUGCAUACUGUGUUACCUCUCGUAUCAGGCAUAACCGUGCAUACUGCAUUACCUCUACUAUCAGGCAUAACCAUGCAUACUGCAUUACCUCUACUAUAAGGCAUAACCGUGCAUACUGCAUUACCUCUACUAUCAGGCAUAACCAUGCAUACUGCAUUACCUCUACUAUCAGGCAUAACCGUGCAUACUGCAUUACCGCUACUAUCAGGCAUAACCAUGCAUACUGCAUUGCCUCUCAUAUCAAGCAUAACCAUGCAUGGUGCAUUACCUUUACUAUCACACAUAACCAUGCAUGCUGCAUUACCUUUAAUAUCGUGCAUAACCAUGCAUGUUGCAUUACCUCUACUAUCAUGCAUAACCAUGCAUACUGCAUUACCUUUACUAUCGCGCAUAACCCUGCAUGCUGCAUUACAUCUACUAUCACACAUAACCAUGCAUACUGCAUUACCUCUACUAUCACGCAUAACCAUGCAUACUGCAUUACCUCUACUAUCACACAUAACCGUGCAUACUGCAUUACCUCUACUAUCACACAUAACCGUGCAUACUGCAUUACCUCUCGUAUCACACAUAACCGUGCAUACUGCAUUACCUCUACUAUUACACAUAACCAUGCAUACUGCAUUACCUCUCGUAUCAGACAUAACCAUGCAUACUGCAUUACCUCUCGUAUCAGACAUAACCGUGCAUACUGCGUUACCUCUCCUAUCAGACAUAACCAUGCAUACUACGCUGUGACAUGUUAGUCUGUGUUGGCGCCUUCUAAUUCCUGGUUUCCUUGGUUACUCACCUCCCUAUAACUGGAGGAGAAGAUCUGAGGUCCCUCCCCUGAGAACUUCUCUCCUCCAAUGCGUUUUGAGAAGGAGGCAAGGAGAGAGGACGCGGGGAAUCGAGGAAAGACAGUUGAGAAAGAGCCAUUGAAUAGGGCAAGCCACAUUACUGAGGGACUGCAUGUGACAGACAGAGACAGACAGGCAAGCAGACAGAGUGAUACUUAGGAAUACAGAGGCAGACAGAGUGAUGCUUAGGAAUACAGAGACAGACAAAUACUCAUCAGUCACUUCUACUAUUAUCAGAAGAAUGAGUGGGAGAAGAUUAUUAUCACAGACUAUAGCAUUAAGGUGAAGGCUGUAGUUACUGCGCACUCAACUCAUGACUCUACUCAGUGACUGUGUUCCUUUAUACCUCACUUAUAACAGUAACUGGCCCUCUGUUUAACUCUGUCUUGGUCCGUCAUCAGGUGCGAACUCGACCGGAGGCUGAAUUCAGUCAAGUCUAAGAAUCAUUCACAAUCUCAGUCAUAUAUGCUCUAGCUAAUCAGUCAUCAGAUUAAGUGAAAUGUACAUCGC